CGAUGUCAGUCUGUGGUUUUUAUUCAAAAUUAUGGAUAUGUUCAUGAUAUCACCAUAGACAAGAAAGGACCAAUUGCUGCUCUAAAUAAUAAAAUAGCAAGGGGAGAAUUAAUGAAAGAUGAUCAUCAGAUGAAAGUUGCUGAUACUUUACAAGGUAUUUACGAACAAAUCAGUGAUUACAAACCAGAAGAAUCUAGUUUGAUAAAUAAAUGGCUCGGUAAAAAGAGGAAGCAGCCACCAAAAGGCUUGUAUCUUUAUGGGGCAGUAGGUGGAGGUAAAACAAUGUUGAUGGAUCUUUUUCAUGAUUGCUGCCAGAUUGGAAACAAAAAAAGAGUUCAUUUUCAUUCUUUCAUGGCAAGUGUACACGAUAGAGUGCAUCAGGUGAAGAAAACUUUCGUAAGAGAUGUUAGCAGUACAAAGCUGCAGCCAUUUGAUCCAAUACCACCAGUUGCAAAAAGCAUCACUGAAGAAGCAUGGCUGCUCUGUUUUGAUGAAUUUCAGGUUUAACCAUGGAGCAUAUAAUUGCAUAUAGAGGAUUCAGAAUGACAUGUGUUAAUAGAAAUAUGUAUGCUAUAGGUAACUGAUAUUGCAGAUGCAAUGAUAUUGAAACGAUUAUUCACUGAACUUUUUAACAAUGGUGUAAUAGUAAUUGCAACCAGUAAUAGAGCACCUGAUGAUCUAUACAAGAAUGGAUUGCAAAGGGGAAAUUUUCUUCCAUUUAUACAGAUACUAAAAAAUUAUUGCAUUAUAAAUUCGUUAGAUUCAGGUAUAGAUUAUAGAUUGCAAACUGGACUCAGCGAUGAAAAGAUUUAUUUUAUUAAAGGGAAAGAUGCGGUAAAUGAUGUAGACAAAGUCUUUAAAUACUUAUGCUCAAAGGAAAAUGAUAUCAUGAGAUCCCGUACUAUCUGUAUAAGAGGACGUAAUGUUACUUUUCAUAGAACUUGUGGUCAGGUAUUGGAUUCCAGUUUUGAGGAGCUUUGCGACAGACCGCUUGGUGCUAGUGAUUAUCUAGAACUAAGUCAAGUAUUUCACACAGUUAUUAUAAGAGAUGUACCUCAAUUAGACUUCAGGCUUAAAUCUCAAACUAGAAGAUUUAUUACAUUAAUUGAUACACUGUAUGACAAUAAGGUAAGAGUUGUUAUAUCUGCAGCUGUACCUCAUACAAAACUUUUUGUACCGGAAGGUGAUACUGAAUAUACCGAUGAUAAAAGAAUGCUUAUGGACGACUUAAAAAUAUCACAUGGUUCUGAUGAUCACAAAUCUAAUCUUUUUACCGGAGAAGAAGAACUUUUUGCGUUUGAUAGAACUGUAUCACGGCUUGCAGAAAUGCAAACCGCACAAUAUUGGGAACAGUGGCAACAUCAUAGAUAA